GCGGGCGGGAAGUGUAAACACAAGAAAUAACAAAAAUAGCGCAACGGCUAAAGGAGCGUCCAGUGCCAAGCCAGGCAGGCGCCGCGCCCGGGCCGAGCCCCACCCGCCCAGUUCGCGGCCAAAACUCCCACCCCGCCUCAGAGUCUGCCGCGCCUGCGGGCCGACACUCCCAACUCCAUCUUCCCGGAGGCGGUGUGGCCGAGCCCCGCACCCAAUUGGCGGAAGCUGGGUCGGGUGUGUGCGCGCGCACAAAUGCCCGGAUGCGCCGCGACACCCCGCGCGCUCCCCUCCGGCGGUAGGGGGCGCGCACCGCGGCUAGCUUGGCUGCUCGUGGGCCGUGUCCGGCCCUGUGUGUCGGGAAAAUGGAGCAAGAAGCCGAGCCCGAGGGGCGGCCCCGACCCCUCUGACCGAGAUCCUGCUGCUUUCGCAGUCAGGAGCCCCGUCCCUCCCCGGAUUAGUGCAUUCGAGCGCCCAGUGCCCUGGCCCCGAGAGUGGAAUGGUCCCCGAGGCCCAGGGCGUCGUGCUUCCGCGGGCCCCGUGAAGGAAACUGGGGAGUCUCGAGGGACCCCCCGACUCCAAGCGCGAAAACCCCGGAUGGUGAGGAGCAGGCAGAUGUGCAAUACCAACAUGUCUGUACCUACUGAUGGUGCUGUAACCACCUCACAGAUUCCAGCUUCUGAACAAGAGACCCUGGUUAGACCAAAGCCAUUGCUUUUGAAGUUAUUAAAGUCUGUUGGUGCGCAAAAAGACACUUAUACUAUGAAAGAGGUUCUUUUUUAUCUUGGCCAGUAUAUUAUGACUAAACGAUUAUAUGAUGAGAAGCAACAACAUAUUGUAUAUUGUUCAAAUGAUCUUCUAGGAGAUUUGUUUGGCGUGCCAAGCUUCUCUGUGAAAGAGCACAGGAAAAUAUAUACCAUGAUCUACAGAAACUUGGUAGUAGUCAAUCAGCAGGAAUCAUCAGACUCAGGUACAUCUGUGAGUGAGAACAGGUGUCACCUUGAAGGUGGGAGUGAUCAAAAGGACCUUGUGCAAGAGCUUCAGGAAGAGAAACCUUCAUCUUCACAUCUGGUUUCUAGACCAUCUACCUCAUCUAGAAGGAGAGCGAUUAGUGAGACAGAAGAAAAUUCAGAUGAAUUAUCUGGUGAACGACAAAGAAAACGCCACAAAUCUGAUAGUAUUUCCCUUUCCUUUGAUGAAAGCCUGGCUCUGUGUGUAAUAAGGGAGAUAUGUUGUGAAAGAAGCAGUAGCAGUGAAUCUACAGGGACGCCAUCGAAUCCGGAUCUUGAUGCUGGUGUAAGUGAACAUUCAGGUGAUUGGUUGGAUCAGGAUUCAGUUUCAGAUCAGUUUAGUGUAGAAUUUGAAGUUGAAUCUCUCGACUCAGAAGAUUAUAGCCUUAGUGAAGAAGCACAAGAACUCUCAGAUGAAGAUGAUGAGGUAUAUCGAGUUACUGUGUAUCAGGCAGGGGAGAGUGAUACAGAUUCAUUUGAAGAAGAUCCUGAAAUUUCCUUAGCUGACUAUUGGAAAUGCACUUCAUGCAAUGAAAUGAAUCCCCCUCUUCCAUCACAUUGCAACAGAUGUUGGGCCCUUCGUGAGAAUUGGCUUCCUGAAGAUAAAGGGAAAGAUAAAGGGGAAAUCUCUGAGAAAGCCAAACUGGAAAACUCAACACAAGCUGAAGAGGGCUUUGAUGUUCCUGAUUGUAAAAAAACUAUAGUGAAUGAUUCCAAAGAGUCGUGUGUUGAGGAAAAUGAUGAUAAAAUCACACAAGCCUCACAAUCACAAGAAAGUGAGGACUAUUCUCAGCCAUCAACUUCUAGUAGCAUUAUUUAUAGCAGCCAAGAAGAUGUGAAAGAGUUUGAAAGAGAAGAAACACAAGACAAAGAAGAAAGUGUGGAAUCUAGUUUGCCCCUUAAUGCCAUUGAACCUUGUGUGAUUUGUCAGGGUCGACCUAAAAAUGGUUGCAUUGUCCAUGGCAAAACAGGACAUCUUAUGGCCUGCUUUACAUGUGCAAAGAAGCUAAAGAAAAGGAAUAAGCCCUGCCCAGUGUGUAGACAACCAAUUCAAAUGAUUGUGCUAACUUAUUUCCCCUAGUUGACCUGUCUGUAAGAGAAUUAUAUAUUUCUAACUAACCCUAAGAAUUUAGACAACAUGAAAAUUAUUUACAUAUAUCAAAGUGAGAAAAUGCUUCCAUCCACAUAGAUUCUUCUCUUUAGUAUAAUUGACCUACUUUGGUAGCAGAAUAGAGAAUACUUACCAUAAUUUGCAUUGAAUAUGUAGCUCAUCCUUUACCCCAACCCCUAAUUUUAAAUAAUUUCUAUUCUGUCUUAAAUGAGAAGUAUCUGUUGUUGUUGUUGUUGUUUUUUAAUAUAUGUAUAUGGCAUUUAAAUGUAACUUAUUAAUUUUUUUUGGAGAUGGAUUCUCGCUGUGUCGCCCAGGCUGGAGUGCAGUGGCGCAAUCUCGGCUCACUGCAAGCUCCGCCUCCCAGGUUCACACCAUUCUCUUGCCUCAGCCUCCGGAGUAGCUUGGCCUACAGGCAUCUGCCACCACACCUGGCUAAUUUUUUGUACUUUUAUUGUAAGAGACAGGGUUUCACCAUGUUAGCCAGGAUGGUCUCAAUCUCCUGACCUCAUGAUCUGCCCACCUCAGCCUCCCAAAGUGCUGUGAUUACAGGCGUGAGCCACCGCACCCGUCCUAAAUGUAACUUAUUUAGUACCUUUGAUGUAAAGAGAAAAUGUGUGAAAGAUUUAGUUUUGUUUUUUUUUUUUUUUUUGAGAUGAGUCUAUUACCCAGGCUGGAGUGCAGUGUCAUGAUCUUACAGUCUCUGCUUCCCAGGUUCAAGCCAUUCUUCUGCCUCAGCCUCUGGAGCAGCUGGGAUUACAGGCAUGCACCACCACGACCAGCUAAUUUUUGUAUUUUUAGUAGAGACAGGGUUUUGCCAUGUUGGCCAGGCUGGUCACGAACUCCUGACCUCAUGUGAUCCACCCGCCUCGGCCUCCCAAAAUUCUGGGAUUACAGAUGUGAGCCGCCAUGUCCAGCCAAGAACUAGUAUUUAAAUUUUCGACACACUUUUUUUUUGAGACGGAGUCUUGCUCUGUCACCCAUGCUAGAAUGCAGUGGAGUGAAAUCGGCUCACGGCAACCUCAGCCUCUGGGUUCAAGCUAUUCUGCCUUAGCCUCCCAAGUAACUGGAUUACAUGUGUCACCAUGCCAGCUGAUUUUUUUGUAUUUUUUGUGAAGAUGAGGUUUCACCAUGUUGGCCAGGCCGAUCUUGAACUCCUAAACUCAAGUGAUCUACCCACUUCAGCCUCCCAAAAUGCUGGGAUUACAGGUGUGAGGAACUGCACCUGGCCCCAGAUUUUUGAUACUCUUAAACCUUCUGAUCCUUAGUUUCUCCAAAAUACUCUUUCUAGGUUUUAAAAAAAAAAAAAAAAAAAAAAAAAGGCUCUUAUAUUUGGUGCUAUGUAAGUGAAAAUGUUUUUUAGGUUUUCUUGCUUUAACAAUAGAGACAGGGUCUCCCUAUGUUGCCCAGGCUGAUCUUGAACUCCUGGGCUCAAGAGAUCCUCCUGUGUCGGCCUCCCAAAGUGCUAAGUAGGAUUACAGUUGUGAGCCACCACACCCAGCUGUAAAAAUGUACUUAUUUUCCAGCCUCUUUUUGUAUAAACCGUAGUAAGGGAUGGGAGUAAUGAUGUUAUCUGUGAAAAUAGCCACCAUUUACCCAUAGGACAAAACUUGUUAAAGCAUCCUGAGUCUAACUUAGUACAUCAGGCCCUUUUUCACACAAAAAAAUCCUUUUUGGGAUUUAAUGGAAUCUGUUGUUUCCCCCUAAGUUGAAAAACAACUCUAAGACACUGUAAAGCACCUUCUUGGCCUGGGUUACAUAGUUCCCAGCCUAGGUUUCAGACUUUUGCUUAAGGCCAGUUUUAGAAACCCGUGAAUUCAGAAAAGUUAAUUCAGAAAUUUGAUAAACAGAAUUGUUAUUUAAAAACUAACUGGAAAGAUGGUAAGUUCUUAAUUAUUCAGAAAUGAUGCAUCGUUUUCCUUCAAGAAUGACAUGGUCAGAAUGUGGAAUUCCAAGAUACCUCUUGACUUCCUCGCAAGCUCUGUGUUUGCUCAGUGGAGGCCCAUCCCAGCUCAGCAUGUGUACUGAGAAGUGUUCGUUUCUUUGGGGCCCAUCUACCCUGACCACAUUAUGAUGUUCAUCUGCAGCUGUUGCAAGGUGUUCAGAUUGUGUAAAUACAAAUGGUAUAAACACUUGAAAAGAAGCGCAAUCCUCCAAAGGUUAUGUGGACUCAAGCAUUCUGUAAAGCAACUAUUAUUAAUGAGCUUACAGUGGAUACUUCAUUUGAAUUUGAAAAAUACAGAAACAAGCCUGUGAAAUACCAGCAAGAGCUAUGGAAUAAAACUACUGAUGCGGUGAAGACAGUUGAAAAGAUCAGAUGCCAAGCUAAAUGUGUAAUGAACAAAUUGAAGAAAAAUAAAGGACUACAGAAAGUUCAGGACAUCAAAGAAAUUAGACAAAACUCAUCUUGACCCCUCUUGCAGGCAAAGGAAAGCAGCUGGAAGAAAAGAUGAUACAGCAGUUACAGCAGGAUGCAGACGUGGCAGAGGUUUCUUAAAAAUCUCAUUGUCUAUAACCUUUUCUAUAUUUACAUUUGAAAAUCUCCUUUGGAGACUUAGAACCUCUAAAUUAUUGACUUAUUUUUCAUAUAAGGUCACUCAAAUGAAAGGUGAUUAAAAAAUCAUCUACAUUGCUGUCUACAGGAUGUCGGAUAAUAUGGAUGUUUGAUUGCAUCUCAUUGUUAACUCUUAUAGAUAUGUUUGUAAAUACAGAAGUGAAACGUGGACAUAAAAUAGUUAACACUAUUUGGUUAAUGGUACUAGGCAACAUUUAUGUAAUGACAUUCAAAAAUUUGUGGCUAGUGAUAUAUAUAAAGUAAAAUUUUCUUUGCAGUAAAAUAUGCCCUUUAUUAUAGAAGGGAAGAUAUAAGGAGUCAAUAGUUUGUAUGAAAAUAGCUCAAAUAAUAUCUUCUUCUUCUUUCUUAUUUUGGUUUAUUAGCAUCUUAGAACAAAAUCGCCUUAUAUAAUGAAGCCUAGUUAUGCUGGACUGUUUUGACCUCUUAAUUGUUCUGACAGAUAGCUGGGGGUGAGAGCCAAAUAACAUUUGCCUGAAAUGACUGACACUAUGUACUUUCUGCUUUGGCAAAUACUCAGUUCUAACUUGUGAUUCCUGGUAGAACAAGCGUUAUUUUUCGAGCCUAGCACUGAUCUGGAAGCAGAUAUUAUCUCGGUGCCUUUUACAAUUUGUUGUGUGUGUGUGUGUUUUUUUUUAAAAAGGCCACACAAUAAUUUUGGAAUACAUAAUAUGGGUAGAACAUCUGUCUGUUAUUUGCGCACAAAACCACUUUUAAUGGGUACAAAGUUAAAUUAGGAGGAGUACAUUCCAGCUGAAGUAUUAUCAACUCCAAAUAAAGCUUUGAGGACCUCCAAAGGUAAAAGUACUAAUCCCUUUGGCCAUUUAUUGAGAGAAGGAGACACAGUAGGGUGACUAUAGUUAAUGUAUUGAAUGUUCUUGCUACAAAUAAAUGAUAAAUGUUUGAGCUGAUGGGUGUGCUGAUUGCACUGAUUGAUACACAUUGUAUGUGAAAGUCAUACGCCAUAAAUAUUUACAAUUAUGUAUCAGUUUAACAUUUUAAAAAACAUUUCUAAUGUAAAAAGUACCUCUCAAACUGGAUUAGCUUCUUAGUUUAUAUUUAAAUAUGAAUCUUAAGUAAAAUAGUGAAAAUAACCAUCUUGAUUUAGUGUUUUUCUCUCAUGUGAAUUGUAUAUACUUAGGUGAGGACAAUAAAAUCAAUUGAACUGUAAGCUUAGAAUAGGACUGGGAUAAUUUUGCACAGCAGCUUUACUAAUGGUACAUUGUUGCUUCAAAACUCUCUCUCUCUCUCUCUCUCUCUCUCUCUCUCAAUAAACGGCCAAAGGGAUUAGUACUUUACCUUUGGAGGUCCUCAAAGCAUUAUUUGGAGUUGGUAAUAAUUCAGCUAGAACUUAGUAGAAGCUUUUUUCUUUUGGAGGUCCUCAAGGCAUUAUUUGGAGUUCAUAAUGCUGAAGCCUAUAACCAAGUAGAACCUUUCUUUUUCUGAGGAGUAUUGUAGCAUGUUAUUAUAAACAAAGUACACUUGAUAUAUAUAUGCAAUGACUGCUAUUUAUACAAAAUUGAAAUCUGCAAAUGGAAUCAACAUGUUUAUGGGUUAUUAAAAUUGUCUAAUUUCUUAGGUUCUUUGUAGUGCACGUGUUGAAAAUAAAUGAUUAAGUGA